ACGCAAUGCGAACGAAUAGAAAGUUGUGCGAUAUAAUGAGAAAUAUUUUCGUCUUUGUAAUUCUCAUUGGAGCCGUUCAGGCUGCCGUGGUGCCUAGUCUAAUCGCGGAAAUUGUUCCGGAAUCGACUGUAGCUAGUGAAAUUGUUGAGGUGACUACUGUCAUUUUAGAGGAACAAAAUGUUGCAGGAGUUAACGAUAGUUCAGUUGCAAUAAAUGAUGUCAGUCAAAUAUCCAACUCAACUGGUAACCCAUAUGUUAACUCAAGCGGUGCUGUUAAUGUCACUAUAGACCAAGUAAUCAUAGCUGACCAAAAUCUACUUCAAACUACUCUUUCUUCAGUUGCUGGCGGUCAACCAGCUCAAGAUACAAGCCCUGCUAUUGAUCAAUCUGUAGUAGUUGACCAAGCCAAUUCUGCUCCAAUUGCCGGUGGUCAACCAGCUCAAGAUACAAGCCCUGCUGCUGACCAAUCUGUAGUAGUUGACCAAGCCACUUCCGCUCCAACUGCCAGUGGUCAACCAGCUCAAAAUGCAAGCCCUGUUGUUGAUCAAUCUGUAGUAGUUGAUCAAACCACUUCCCCUCCAAUUGCCGGUGGCCAACCAGCUCAAGAUACAAGCCCUGCUGUUGAUCAAUCUGUAGUAGUUGACCAAGCCACUUCCACUCCAAUUUCCGAUGGUCAACCAGCUCAAGAUACAAGCCCUGCUGUUGUAGUUGACCAAUCCACUUCUGCUCCAAUUGCCGGCGGUCAACCAGGUCAAGAUACUAGCCCUGCUGUUGAUCAAUCUGUAGUAGUUGACCAAACGACUUCCGCUCCAAUUGCCGGUGGUCAACCAGCUCAAGAUGCAAGCCCUGCUGUUGAUCAAUCUAUAGUAGUUGACCAAACCAGUUCUGCUCCAUUUGUCGGUGGUGAACCCGCUCAAGAUACAAGCCCUGCUGUUGAUAAAUAUGUAGUAGUUGACCAAACGACUUCUGCUCCAAUUGCCGGUGGUCAACCAGCUCAAGAUGCAAGCCCUGCUGUUGAUCAAUCUGCAGUAGUUGACCAAACGACUUCUGCUCCUAUUGCCGGUGGUCAACCAGCUCAAGAUACAAGCCCUGCUGUUGAUCAAUUUGUAGUAGUUGACCAAACCACUUCCGCUCCAAUUACCGGUGGUCAUCCAGCUCAAGAUGCAAGCCCUGCUGUUGAUCAAUCUGUAGUAGUUGACCAAGCCACUUCCGCUCCAAUUGCCGGUGGUCAACCAGCUCAAAAUACAAGCCCUACUGUUGAUCAAUCUGUAGUAGUUGACCUAACCACUUCUGCUCCUAUUGCCGGUGGUGAACCAGCUCAAGAUGCAAGCCCUGCUGUUGAUCAAUCUGUAGUAGUUGACCAAGCCACUUCCGCUCCAAUUGCCGGUGGUCAACCAGCUCAAAAUACAAGCCCUGCUGUUGAUCAAUCUGUAGUAGUUGACCAAACCACUUCUGCUCCUAUUGCCGGUGGUGAACCAGCUCAAGAUGCAAGCCCUGCUGUUGAUCAAUCUGUAGUAGUUGACCAAGCCACUUCCGCUCCAAUUGCCGGUGGUCAACCAGCUCAAGAUACAAGCCCUGCUGUUGAUCAAUCUGUAGUAGUUGACCAAACCACUUCUGCUCCUAUUGCCGGUGGUGAACCAGCUCAAGAUGCAAGCCCUGCUGUUGAUCAAUCUGUAGUAGUUGACCAAGCCACUUCCGCUCCAAUUGCCGGUGGUCAACCAGCUCAAGAUACAAGCCCUGCUGUUGAUCAAUCUGUAGUAGUUGACCAAGCCACUUCCGCUCCAAUUGCCGGUGGUCAACCAGCUCAAGAUACAAGCCCUGCUGUUGAUCAAUCUGUAGUAGUUGACCAAGCCACUUCCGCUCCAAUUGCCGGUGGUCAACCAGCUCAAGAUACAAGCCCUGCUGUUGAUCAAUCUGUAGUAGUUGACCAAGCCACUUCCGCUCCAAUUGCCGGUGGUCAACCAGCUCAAGAUACAAGCCCUGCUGUUGAUCAAUCUGUAGUAGUUGACCAAGCCACUUCCGCUCCAAUUGCCGGUGGUCAACCAGCUCAAGAUACAAGCCCUGCUGUUGAUCAAUCUGUAGUAGUUGACCAAGCCACUUCCGCUCCAAUUGCCGGUGGUCAACCAGCUCAAGAUACAAGCCCUGCUGUUGAUCAAUCUGUAGUAGUUGACCAAGCCACUUCCGCUCCAAUUGCCGGUGGUCAACCAGCUCAAGAUACAAGCCCUGCUGUUGAUCAAUCUGUAGUAGUUGACCAAGCCACUUCCGCUCCAAUUGCCGGUGGUCAACCAGCUCAAGAUACAAGCCCUGCUGUUGAUCAAUCUGUAGUAGUUGACCAAGCCACUUCCGCUCCAAUUGCCGGUGGUCAACCAGCUCAAGAUACAAGCCCUGCUGUUGAUCAAUCUGUAGUAGUUGACCAAGCCACUUCCGCUCCAAUUGCCGGUGGUCAACCAGCUCAAGAUACAAGCCCUGCUGUUGAUCAAUCUGUACUAGUUGACCAAGCCACUACCGCUCCAAUUGCCGGUGGUCAAUCAGCUCAAGAUGCAAGCCCUGUUGUUGAUCAAUCUACAGUAGUUGACCAAGCCACUUCUGCUCCAAUUGCCGGUGGUCAACCACCUCAAGAUACAAGCCCUGCUGUUGAUCAAUCUAUAGUAGUUGACCAAGCCACUUCCGCUCCAAUUGCCGGUGGUCAACCAGCUCAAGAUACAAGCCCUACUGUUGAUCAAUCUGUAGUAGUUGACCAAACCACUUCUGCUCCUAUUGCCGGUGGUGAACCAGCCCAAGAUGCAAGCCCUGCUGUUGAUCAAUCUGUAGUAGUUGACCAAGCCACUUCCGCUCCAAUUGCCGGUGGUCAACCAGCUCAAGAUACAAGCCCUGCUGUUGAUCAAUCUGUAGUAGUUGACCAAACCACUUCUGCUACAAUUGCCGGUGGUCAACCAGCUCUAGAUACAAGUCCUAAUGUUGAUCAAUCUGUAGUAGUUGACCAAACCACUUCUGCUUAUAAUGCCGGUGGUGAACCAGCUCAAGAUGCAAGCCCUGCUAUUGAUCAAUCUGUAGUAGUUGACCAAGCCACUUCCGCUCCAAUUGCCGGUGGUCAACCAGCUCAAGAUACAAGCCCUGCUGUUGAUCAAUCUGUAGUAGUUGACCUAGCCACUUCCGCUCCAAUUGCCGGUGGUCAACCAGCUCAAGAUACAAGCCCUGCUGUUGAUCAAUCUGUAGUAGUUGACCAAUAGCCACUUCCGCUCCAAUUGCCGGUGGUCAACCAGCUCAAGAUACAAGCCCUGCUGUUGAUCAAUCUAUAGCAGUUGAUCAAGCCACUUCUGCUCCAAUUGCUGAUGAACUACCUUCUCAAGAAACAAAUGUUGUAGAUCAAAAUGCUCCGGUUACUGGCCAACCAUCACAAAGUGUAAAUGGAGCUUCUCCUGCUGCUAAUCAAUUGCCAGAAGAUA